AUGGCCAAGUUCAGUGUUCGACCUGCGGUUCCUGAGGAUAUCCCUGCGAUUCUGCAGUUUAUACUUGACUUGGCGACGUAUGAGAAGACACCGGAGAGUGCGAAGGCUACGCCCGAACUGUUGCACACUGCACUGUUCAGUGACCAGCCUACUGCUCAUGUCUUGAUGGCUAAUUUCGACGAUGGGACGCCUGUAGGAUUCGCUCUCUACUUUUAUAAUUUCUCUACGUGGAUCGGAAGACCCGGGAUCUACCUAGAGGAUCUGUACGUAUCGCCUGAACACAGGAACCUAGGCGUCGGCAAAGCACUCUUCACCAAACUCGGAGAGAUCGCGGAAGAAAAGAACUGCGGUCGCAUCGAUUGGUCCGUGCUCAAGUGGAACGCGCCGUCCAUCGCAUUUUACGAAAACACGCUCGGGGCAACUCGGAUGGAAGAAUGGGUUGGUAUGCGCCUCGAAGGUGACGAGAGUAUCCGCAGACUGAGGACGCUGGGGCCGUAG